AGGAUAGACCAAGGGUUACGGCUCAUAAGAGCCUGCUGCUGACGGAGCAGACGGGAUGAAGCCUGGAUGUUUAAGCUGAACUUAAACGUCAGGUUGUUUCUUGUUUUUUGCCUCUGAAAGUCAGAACCCGUUCUGGGCGGUUCUGUUCCGAAAUGUUCUGCCGUGUUGAGGACGUCAGAUCUUCAUGAUCUCUGCUGCUUUGAGUUCUGCGUCCAGCGUUCCCCACAGUGUCGUCGCUCAAAUGAAAGCGGCCUGAAGCUCCGGGAGUCCUUCCCUACGGUCGUGCUGCUCCGCUGUUGCCAUGGAGACAAAGAUUCCUACGAAAGCAGUUGUAGUUUGAAGAAGUAUUUUCUGACAUCUGUUUUAUCACAAAGUGAACCCAACUCAGUUUUUGCCUUGUUUCCUGUUGGAUGUAGACGCCGUCGUUCUCCUGAGUCUGAAGACGCCACGAGCUUCUCCUGCAGCGCGGGUUUAUGCCGUACCGCUUGGAAGUUCUUGUCCUGGUCAUGAAGAGGCGUUCUCUCCAUUUGUCAUGCAGCUGCAGCAUCAUGUGUGAAGAGCCAAAGCCGCCCUUUGCAGCUUUACAGCUCAACGCUGCUGAGGGUCUUCAGGACCCGGUCGGCUCUGAAGCUUGGCUAAAAUGGGCUCAGUGCUUCUCAGCAUGUGGAGUGUUUCAGCAUCAACUGCCGCCGCUCCACGUCAACGGUUUCCGUGUGCAUUCCUGCUGCAGUGAGUUCAGCUGUGUCUUUUCCAGAAAACGCUUGAAACGGUCUCACCUUUCAGAAACCAUGAGUAGCGGAGACGGUGUGCAGGCCACCCAACAGGAACCGGGCUGUGGAGACAAACUGCUCCGCCUGAAGAUCAGAGCCCAGCUGGAGGAGAUGUUCACUGACGCUCACCUGGCAGAGGACGGCUUCCUGCUGAAACACCUGCAGAGCAGGCACGGCUUCGUCAGCCUCAAGCUUCUCACCUGUCUGAAGAAGAUAAAGACCCUGACCACAAACUGGCACGAGACUCUGGAAGCUGCUCUGUCCUCUGACCUUCUGGAGGUGAACGCCGAAUGCACCAAGCUGAGGCGCAAACAGCCGCUUCCCAAUUGGCUGCUGUCUUCUCCAACCAGCAAACUCCUGCUGGUCUGGAACCCGUGUGAGGAGCAGAGCAGGAAGGGUCCGGAGCAUCAUGCUCUCCUUCUGAUGCUGCUCCAGAACCUGGGCCUGACUGAUGGCAUUGCUUCGCUCUGGAUUCUGCGUCCCGGCGAGCAGCUUCCCAAGGAGCUGCAGUGCUACACCAAACGACACCAAGAGCUGGGCCGGCAUGGGUGCACAGUGGUGAAGUUUGAUCACCUGGAGGAGGUCCGGAGGGCUUACACAGCCCUGCGAGCAGAAGAGGACAAAUGUAACGGAGAGGGCUUCAGAGUCGUAGCUUUGGGAUGCAAGUCGAUGUGUAACUUCACUAAACAUCAGCCCGGGGAGGAGAAAAGCCCACGACGAGACGAGGACAGAAGUCCGGAGACUACCCCCCCAGAAAUGUCGCUCAGUCCACCUGAACCUUCUAUACCUGCGGAGCUCUCUGAGGUUCAGACAGAACCGGAUCUGCCCUCAGGACCGGCAGGAAACGCCGAACUCGGGGCGUUUCUCCCCGAUGGCGGCGUCUGCUCCUGCUGUCAGAAAUACUUACCCACCAACAUGUGCUUCGGAGACUCCAACAACAAGUGUCCGUGGGUUCUGAGGCGCAAAUCUGCAGCGAGACACACGGCGGCGGCGCUCCAAAUGAAGAGAGUACUGCGGCAGCCUUUUGGUCCUGAUGGUGGGAGGGGCUUUCAUCCCAGGGGGAGGAGGGAUCAGACAACAGUUUUACCUUCAUGGGAUUGAGAUUCUUUGAAGUUCUAAAUGUAUGAUAAUAAAGAGAUUUGUGAAGAAGUG